UGGUCCAUUGCAGCUCUCCUAACGAGGCACUGCGUACAGAGUUCAAAGUCCAAAUCCGAAUAGACCUGACAAGAUUCAGAAAGCUCAGACAAAAAGCAAAAGAAGAAAAAAAAAAAAAAACAGAAAACAAAUCAAUCAUAAGUUUGAGUUUCUCAAGCCCCAAUUUCGUGGGAUUUCUGGACAAUCACAAGCAUAGCAGAUGAAUUUGAUGGACUCCAACAAAUUUCACAGUUGAACGUUGAGAGCGACUAUUGAAUUCUGAAGAAUGAAGUGUUUCUACUACUUUAAAGAUAAGACCCGAUUGAAGGUACAAAGAUCAGCACCGGAGUUGAAAAACCAAAGCAAAUCAUACUACUCGGGGUCUGAUCUGGUCAUUAAAUCUUCGUGUUCAACUACUUCACGGCGCAGUAUACCAGAAUUAUAUGAAGAGAAGGCUCAAAACUUGCGAGUCUUCUCUUUUCCCGAGCUUAGACAUGCCACACAUGAUUUCAGUAGGAUGCUAAAGCUUGGGGAAGGUGGAUUUGGUUGUGUGUAUAAAGGUUCAAUCAAGCCUGCUGAUGGAAAGGGAGACUCCAUUGAGGUUGCCAUUAAAAGGCUGAACCCAGAUGGUGUUCAGGGUCAUAAACAAUGGGUGGCAGAAGUUCAAUUUCUUGGUAUUGUGGAGCACCCAAAUCUUGUCAAGCUUAUAGGAUACUGUGCUGUAGAUGGAGAGAGAGGAAUUCAACGGCUACUUGUAUAUGAGUACAUGCCAAACAAAAGCUUGGAAGAUCACCUCUUCAAUAAAGCUAUCCCAGCUCUUCCUUGGCAGACAAGAUUACAGACAGUACUUGGAGCAGCUCAAGGAUUAGCUUAUUUGCAUGAAGAAUUGGAAGUUCAGGUGAUAUAUCGAGAUUUUAAAUCAUCAAAUGUGCUACUGGACAAGGAUUUUAACCCAAAGCUUUCUGACUUUGGGCUUGCUAGGGAGGGGCCAGAAGAUGGGUUUACUCAUGUUUCAACAGCAGCAGUAGGAACUUAUGGGUAUGCUGCUCCAGAUUAUAUUGAGACAGGCCGCCUGACAACUAAGAGUGAUGUGUGGAGUUUUGGUGUUGUACUGUAUGAGAUCCUGACAGGCAGGCGAUCGAUGGAGAGAAACCACCCAAGAGCAGAGCAAAAGCUUUUGGAAUGGGUGAAACAUUUCCCUGCUAAUAGUAAGAAAUUUCACAUGAUAAUGGACUGGCGCCUGGAAAACCAGUAUCCUAUCAGUGCAGCUCGAAAAAUUGCCAAGUUGGCCGACAGUUGUUUGUCGAAGAGUGCAAAAGACCGGCCAAAGAUGAGUGAAGUUGUAGAGACUUUGAAGCAAAUAAUCCAACUUCCUGAUGAAGGUGGCCCUAGUGAGAAAAGCCCUGAAUCUUUCGACAACGAUUCAGAUGACAAAGAUAAGAAGGCAGAUCAACCAGGGCCUUCUGACUCCUGGAAAAGGCGGAUGGCCCAUCUAGCAAGCCUGGGUGAACAUGUAGAAGGGUCCAACAGGAAAAGGUUUAUGAUCAUGCAAAGGGCCAAAGUUCCUUGAUUGUGUUUUUGUCCUGGAAUGCUGCAAUUUUUUGUUACUGAUAAGAGACUGAUGGUUUCAUUUUCUGCAACAGAGAAAAAUAUAGUGAAGUUGAUUGACUUGUUGGCAACCCUUGUGUAUGAAGUGAAUGUGAGCUUUAUACAAAAUACAGUCAUGAGAUUGGACUGAAAUGUAGUGGUGGGUCUUGUGGGAUAUAGCCUUUUUCUUGUAAAUUUGAUGUAAUGGAAACCUGUUCCUUCUUCAAAUUGACAAAAACGUUCCCUGCUUCAUUGGAUUCUCCAA